ACUACUGACCCGGAAGCGUAGAGAGCUGGUUAAAGCGCGAAUACCCGUGUGUGAAGCCGGUCCCGGUGCUGUGGCCUGUGCCUAUCUCCAGCCCGGUAUCUGUUGUUAUGUCUGUGGUUCCACCGAGCCGCUCACAGGCCGGUUGGCCCCGCGGGGUUUCUCAAUAUGGGAACAAGUACCUGCAGGCCAAGCCGCUGACCCUGGAGAGGACUAUCAACCUAUAUCCAUUGACUAACUACACCUUUGGUACCAAGGAACCCUUGUAUGAGAAGGACUGCUCUGUGGCAGCUCGGUUCCAACGAAUGCGGGAGGAGUUUGAGAAGAUUGGCAUGAGGCGCACUGUGGAGGGUGUUCUGAUUGUGCACGAGCACAGACUGCCUCAUGUACUGCUGCUGCAGCUGGGGACAACCUUCUUUAAAUUGCCUGGUGGAGAGCUAAAUCCUGGAGAAGAUGAGGUGGAGGGUCUGAAACGUCUCAUGACAGAGAUUUUGGGACGCCAAGAUGGUGUGCAGCAAGACUGGGUCAUCGAUGACUGCAUUGGGAACUGGUGGCGACCUAACUUUGAACCCCCUCAGUAUCCCUACAUUCCAGCUCACAUCACGAAGCCCAAAGAGCAUAAGAAACUAUUCUUGGUGCAACUUCAAGAGAAAGCUCUGUUUGCAGUGCCGAAGAAUUACAAGCUGGUUGCUGCGCCAUUGUUUGAGCUUUAUGACAAUGCUCCGGGUUAUGGACCCAUCAUCUCCAGUCUUCCUCAGCUUUUGAGCAGGUUUAAUUUUAUUUAUAACUGAAGUUUAUGAACAUCUCGAACACAAGAUUAUGAUGGCCAUGUAAGCCCAGUUUCCCUGAGCACCAUUAAGCGUGGCUUUCAUCAGUCACGGACUUAAUCAGUUCUUCAAACCCAACCCAGCGGUAUUUUGCAGCACCCGACUUGACUUGGCUGGUGCUCUGUUCAACUCUACAAUAAGUGAAGACAAGGAACUUAACUGGCCGUUUUUUUUAUAUAUAAAGAAAUGUUUCUUUCUGCUCGUGUAAUUGUUUGCAUUUUCUACUUUAUUAAAUGGAUAAAAAUC